AUGCCACAUGCGCCCUCGCAGCCGGAAGAAGGCCUGUUCGGCGUGUGCUCGGGCAAAGUCCCGAUGCGACCGCAGCAUGCCGAGCUGUGGCAGUCCUUUCCGCCUACACUACCUUCCAGCGAACAGUCAACAAGUUCUGCAAACGGACUUGACGAGGUAGACCUGCAAGAUAUCCCACCUCUCCUCCCUGCUCUGGGUCUCGAGAAUCCGACCGCGCCUGAAACCGUCUACGGCAUAGAAAGCACGCCUUCCGGGAUCCAUUUCGAAGACGGAGUCGUCUCUAGCCAUCUGUCAUCUAGGGUUCGGCUCUGCAAAACACCGAUAACUACUGAGCAGGAACUAAAUACUAUUGAUGACAUAUUCAAGGAGGUCUUUGAAGGAAUGUCGUACGGCAAAGAUCGAGUGUCCCUUGUCCACUCCGUACAAACACAAGCAGGGCAGAGAGCGGACGUUUUAAACACUGUCGCCAACAUCUCCCAGUUCUAUCUUACCAGGACGGUGGAGACGGAACAGGUCGUGCUAGAUAUGGUCAAUCAUGAAGUGCAACAACUCUACUCCAAGCGGGAGACAUUGAGCCGUGCCGAGUUUCUCUCGGCUUUCCAGGCCGUGGUCAUAUAUUCUGCGAUGCGCAUCUACAGUUUAAACCAUUAUGUCAAUGAUCUUGUGGACACCAUCGCCAUGACUUUCACUCAGUAUGUCCUACGGCACAGCAUGCAUUGUCUAGAGCCAGAGAAGAACGUGCAGCCUGAGGAUUGGAGGAAUUGGAUACGGGACGAGAGCACGCGGAGGAACUUCUUUGCUCUUCAUGCUCUGAAUGUCGUUUCAAAUUCGCGCAAAAGCUUCUCGACAACCAUGUGUCAUGCUUUUCCCGAGGUGCCACUCCCUUACCCAAGUCAUGUCUGGGAAGCCGUCUCUUCUGAGGCUUGGGCAUUUCAUCACCGGAACUGGGACACUUACUGCGGCAAGCCACUGCUGGGUAUAGAUCUCAUUCACUGGGCAAACGGAAAACAUACAGGCCGGGAGGAUCACAUUCGUGCAUGGCUGACGACAACCGGGCCGUUCGGCGAGAGCAUUCUGACGAGUGCGAGGGCGCAGCUAUCCGCUUCCUUUGCCAUCCGACCAGCCUGA